AUGAGUAAAACCGAGCUGAUGGUCGCUGCCUUUGAGGGUAGGGAGGCCGAUGUGCGUGCGCUUUUGCACCUUUAUGUGGGGCUAGCCGACGCAAACGGCCAGACUGCCCUGAUGUUCGCCGCCAGCGCUGGGCAUCUUGAGUGUGUAAGGCUGCUGGUAGAAAAGGAGCAGCGAAUGCAGGUGAACACAGGAGAGACAGCCCUUAUGUUUGCUGCCUACAACAACCAAGAGGCCAUCGUAUCCUUUCUCCUUCCGUACGAAAGGUGCAUGCAGGACGCUGGUGGACAGACAGCUCUGAUGAGCUCGGUAUAUAGGCGGAGUAUCGGCUGCUUUCGGCUCCUUUUGGAGGCGGAGGCGGGAAUGCAAGGAAAGGACGGUGCAACCGCUCUGAUGAUAGCGAGCCGCCUAGGGUGGACUGAGCUUGUCGAUAUGGCGCGACACAAGGAGGCAUCCUUGACGGAUAACAGUGGGAUGACAGCCCUCAUGUUUGCUGCACAGACCGGCAAGUGGCAAUGCGGGAAAAUGCUCGUCUCACAAGAGGCAGGCAUGAGGAGCGUCACAGGGCGAUCAGCGUUGAUGAUUGCGGCCGCGGCCGGGCAUGUCGAGAUGGUGAAACUCCUCAUUUCUGUAGAGGCAGGUUUGCAGGAUGCCCAAGGUCACACAGCACUAAUGUAUGCUGCCUACUCUGGUCGUACACAGACAACUGAAGCACUACUAGCCUAUGAGUCGGGACAUCGGGACAAUAACCACAACACAGCACUCCUACUAGCAAUCCAGAAUUAUCAUGCAGAAUCUGCUAUCAUUCUGAUAGAAGCAGAGGAGGCCCUGCAGAACAAACAGGGUCAGACACCCCUCGAGCUUGCCAGGGCACUAGGGCUUACAAAGGUGGUUGACGAGAUUACACGAUUCCACCAACAGCGCUUUAGGCUGUCAGGGAGCGCAUCCAUGAUAGCUGCUACUAGGAAGAUACCUUCCGAUUGUACUAUCAACAACUCCUUGAAAACUCCUGCAAUGACACCUGCGCCGGUCGCCAACGAACUGCGGGAUAGUCAUAUGGUCAUUGAAGAGCUCGAACACACAAAGGUGGCGGGCAACACAUUCGAUAGCGAGCUAAAAGAGCUGAUGGAGUUCUAUAACAAUUCUUUAGAAACUAGCCUCACUUCUCAGUUGAAAAAGCCACCACUCAACAGUGAGUCGCGCGUACACUCAACGGCCAUGUCAGUGACCAAUCUCCAAACUGCCCCAAAGCCGGUCACUGAUGCACCUGGUAGAUCAACUGGUCCAGGGUAUGCAAUUAGAACAAAGAAUAAAAACAGUAUUUAUCAGCAUGACACAACUAGUCAGUACGAGAUUCAAGAAACGAUCCUGCGACUUUCACAGCGCAUAGACACUAUCUCUGAUUUUUUAUCCAAUCAGGAGCACCGAAUUGAGGAGCUCGUUGGUAUGUUGGGUGAGGUGCUCAAUCUGCCUCGUGGAGAAGCAGAAGGGAAGCCCAGUAAAGAUGAGUUGUGGGAGGCCACUAGACAAUUACUCGAGCAAAACGAGUCUCAGGUGACUGCUCUGGGGUACAACCUUCGCUCUGUUCAAAAGAACAUCAGAGGAAUAUCGGGAGACUUUGAAAAGUUUAAGGAGAACAGUAGAACAUGCCUGAAGGCCCUCGAGCAGAGAUGUAACCAGAUCAGCUCUAAGAUCGAUGAGGAAAGAAGUAGCAACAAGAGAAGCAUCUCGGCCCUGCAGGUUGAGGUAGCUGAGCUAAAGGCCAGAACAUCGGGUCGUUCUAGUAAAAACUUCAGUAUCAUGGGCCUCGACAACUCAGAGGAUGAAACUGAGGCUAUUUCUCCCCGCACACCAAACUGUCCAGAGACUCCCGGGAGCAGAAGAAUUACCCCGCGUUCUCAGAGUACAGUGUGCCGAAGCCUGAAUGCAUAUAGCAGGCUUCAGUAUGAGAAUGAGCAUUUCCAUUCCUCCCGAGACUCACCUGGCCCCCCACAAGGGUUCCUCAAGCGCCUGAAGAGGGCUGUUAAAUAUUUAUUCUCGGGGACGUAUGAGGGCGAUUCACAACCCUAG